AAGCAAUGACGCUUGUUUUUUUGGCGGCGGCUGUUUGAAACCUUGCGAAUUUUUGCCAAACAAAAGAAUACAAGUUUGUUACUAUGUGGAGCAACUUUGAAGCCUCCGCGGUAGAGGAUGAGACCAUCUCCAACGUGUUUUCUUCGCGGUCACUUUUCCAAAUCAGCAGCGACGAGGAGGUGGAUAAAUAUCCCGAGGUCAAGGCCUCUGUGCAAUGCGGAAAAAUGGCGAUAGCCAUCGACAAAAGUCUCUUGUUGCUCGAGGACGAGCUGGUUGCCAAGUGCAGCUUCCUCAGCUUUGGGGCCACAAUCGAGGCGAUUGCCAUGUCUUCCAGCGGAAAUCUUAUUGUCUGCGGACUCAGUGACGGCGAAGUACAUGGUGUGUACAUCAAGGGCCUGCUGCUGUUCAGCGUCUGUGUCAAUCUGGACGAUGUGACCCUUUUAGGCGGUACAUUCCGAAGCAUUCAUCAACUGGACCAUCGAUUCUACUUCUCCUGCAGGAAUGGCAGCAUCUAUAGGCUAAGUGACAUUGAUGAAGCCACUCUAGAAUCAGUGUGCAAUAUUACGGUUAAUGAAAACGAAACCAUUGCCUGCGAAAAGGCAAUCCUAGAUGAUGUCACUAUUAAGAGAAUCUCGAAGGGUAAAUCCCUGGCCAAUGUGGACUGUGUUGUGCUGCUCUUCCAAAUGUCGGCAGUCCACAUCAGUGCUCAAAACAAUCCGGAGGAUCAUGGAGUAAAUCAUGCGCUUGUGAUCUAUGGCGACCAAAAUACAUUGAACUUCAAGACCUCAUCCAACGAUGUUACCCGUGUAAUCCUGCCGGCCCACUUGGGCAGCCUCAAACAGAUCUUCAACCUGGAGCACUACAUAAUCGCUCUUACCAGCUCUGGUCACCUAUUGGAAAUCUGUCCGUUCACACGCACAUUCCACGUGCCUCAAUCCCUCGAAAGCCAGGCCCUUCUCAUCGAGGAUAUUCUGGUAAUGGAGUGUAAUGAAGAGAACAUAGAAUUGCUACUUCUUACAAAGCCAACGGACGAGAGCCGCUUUAUUAAAAUUGUGGAGUAUCCAUCAUUGAAAUGCAAAAACGAAGUGGAUGUGCCCAACCAUGCUUGGCUAGUUCAUCAACCCAAGUGUGCGGUCAAUUUGUACUAUUUGGCUGCCCAAGAGCUGAAUCAAAACAAAAUACCAUCUAUGGUUCAUAUGAUGUUGGUGUCUGAAACCGACCCAACUGAUCGUUUUAAGAAGCUAAUAGCUAAAGGUCGCCUGGAGGAAGCAGAGGAAUUCGGCGUGCAAUUCGAGCUGUGCCUGCAGCCCAUUUACGAGGCCAAGGCGAAACGCAUUCUGGUAGAGAUGUGCAAUUCACAUCAGCAAAUGGAACCGUCCGAUGCGGACAAAAAGUUCCAAAACUUACUGCAGUUGAUGACGAAGAUCGAGAAUAAAUCCUUUUUCAAAAAUCACCGCAUGAUAAACUUGAGUUCUCGUCAAAUUUUGGAGCGUUAUCUUCGCGAAAUUCAAAAGCGUUUGAGUUUUGAGGACGACGAGCAAGAUAUGCUGCAAAUAGACGAGCAGCUGCACCGUCUCAAAACCCUCGCCAUAAUCGAUCCCUACGAGUGCAAUACGGACUGGCAGAAGUUCAUUUACGACAAUAAUCUGAUUCGUAUGGUUAAGUCCCUGUUCAACACAGACAUGCCAACGGCCUGCCUGAUCUGGAAGCGGCACUCAAGUAGCAUACUUCCUCUGGUGAGCGAAAAUGAUCUUCGCAUGCUACUGGGGUAUAUUCCGGGAAACACGAAGCCGUUCAACAUGGUGCAGUGGCUCCGGCAGUUUACCCCGCUGGUCAGCAACACUCAUCCCAGUAUCAUGCCGUUUAUUACGGACUGGAGCAUUGAGAUGACACGAAAACUUCAGUACAGCCCCCACUGGCCGGACAUUGGUUUAGAGUUCUCCACCAAGAUCCUGGAGAUUUUCGAGGAAAUCCGAUUCACUUACUCGGAUGUGCGUCGCCAACAGGAGCGCAACGUGGGAAAGCUUCGCGAGUUGGUAAACGCUCUCCAAGAUCUGUCUGUGCUGAAAACAAACUAUAACAUGGGUUUCACGCUGGACAACUACAUGCAAGACACUCUCGACGCCACUGCGCUGAGCAUCCUGCAGCACGUCCAACUAGACAAGUUGAGGCACCUUGUUGAGAACUUUAUGUACCCUAUCUUUCAAGAAAAGGGCCGCCAGCCGCUGGAAGUUAUCAAGCAGUACAUUGGCCAAUUGGUGGCUAGCCGCCAGUCUUCAAGCAAUUGGCUGGAGCGAGCGAUGGCCUGUAUUGACCUUCUCCACAACGAAGACAGUCGCCUGGAGUGCGCAUUGUCCGUUCUGCAAAACGCACCAGUUCCAUGGCCAGACACAUUAGCUCCUCUGAUCCGCCUACGAAACUCCACCCACCCGGUGGCGAUGAAGAUCAAUGCCGAGUAUGAGAUUCAAGUGAUCAAGAUCAUGAAGGUGAAGUACGGCUGGCCAGCAGAUAGUUCUGCGGAUAUUAACCUGGAGAAGUUCAUGAUGCGAAUCGUCAAGUUGGACCUCCCGGACAUGUUGGAGGAUAUCCGCACGCUGACCAAAGCGGCGCCCCACAUCGCGAUCAGUGCUAACUUUAACUGCUGCUAUCAGAUGGCAAGACGGGGACAAAUCGAAUCCGCCUACGAGUUUUUCAAAUCCCUCACUGGUGGGACUAAGAAUUCCAAGGAGUGUGCGGAUGUGGUUGAACUCUUUGCGAAUAUCCUUGAAAGCAGCUCAUCCGUUUCGUUCGUUAAUGACUCUAAGAAGCAAGAGUACCAAAAUGUCCUCGAGCUUUUUAAGCUGUUUCUACCCCACGCCGAAUCUGUCUAUGAACGGCGGUACCUGAUGAUCAAGCAUUGUUUCCAGUUGCGACAUAACUUCGACAUUAGGCUGAGGUGCAGCAGUGAGUUGGUGUCUCUGAAGAGGCGACACGAGCUUCUGGAUGAAGCCAUCGAACGUAUCAUUGAGCGCGCACAAGCAACUUUGAACGUAUCUUCGUUUAUUGCCAGUCAGAAUCGGGAGCUUUGCACGGCCCUCAAUCUUUCUCCUGUGUUUGGCUUGCACCGUAUUUGUGAACGGAUUGGAUGCCUGCCCCUUAGUUGCGCCCUGGCCUACCAUGUUGUACAGUUCAUCGACUGUACGCCAUCCAAUGUCAGUGACUUCAUCAAUCUGGCUCUUGAGCUGCUGGUUCAGCAAAUCGGCUGUGCCAGGGGCAGUACUCACGAAAAUCCCUCAUCCAUGCAAUUGAUAUCCGAGAGCGACCCUUUGAGCUUUCCACUUGCCUACGAUUUGCUAACCUCCGCUCUGCUCCACGAGCCGAGUCGUCGCCGCGAUCUUGUGGAGCUCAUCAUGUACAUUCGCGUUGCAGUGAUCCACUACUCAGUAGAUGCCGUCAAGCAACACUACGACGGAAGGGAGCAGGCCGUAAACGAACACAUCUGUCGCGCCCUUGACGGGACUACUGUGGCUCUCGGAGACACAACGAUAAACUUCUCCAGUGCCCUGAACGACAGCAUUGAUGUUAAGCCCGUGCAGCCGACCACUUCCAAGAAGCGCUAUUCGGUUUCCAUGUUCGACGAGGUUGAAGUGCAGCCAGUCCAUCAAGUACACCUGAAGAAAAACAUAGGCGGCCAGUUGCCCAUUGUAAAGUUCCUGGCCCGAACCCUGUUGCUCAUGGUAAUCGAGGCUGAGCCGAGCAACUCGUUGCUGAUGCAGAUGCGCCGAGCUUUGGCGGAGAAUGUUAUCUCGGAUGUCGAAAACGCUCGGGCUGACUUUUUUGUGUCCUUGGAGUACCUCACCAAAGCCAAGGAGCACGAUGUGUGGUACGUGAUGUCGCAGUACUUGCUGGAGUACCAGAAGUACAACUGCCGAAAGAAACGAAUCAUCAACGAGGGCUUUAUUACGUUGCAACUGCGUCGCAUAUUCCGGAACGCAAUGAGCAACAAGGAUGCCAAUUUUAUAGAGCUCUUCACCAUGCUGGUCUCCGACCGAGAGGCACUAGCGCUGCUGGAGAAGCUUUCCACAGAAGUGAAGACGGACCUUCAGAAGAUAAACUUCCUGACUUUGUCGGCCAUGUACAGUGAACACACCGAGGACAUGGAAAAUGUUCAACUGCUGCGUUCCAAGCGCCUUAAACUGUACUAUUAUUUGGAGUUCUGCCAGCAAGAUCCUAGAAUUAGGGGAAAGUUCAAUGCAGACAUGGACAACAUAGAGGACCUGCUUAAGCAGUUCCACAACAAGAAACUCGAUGUACAGCUCUUGGAGCGCAUGAGCAAGGACUUUGGCCUCGACUACCAACGCAUUCUUGUUACCCAGGUUCUAAGUAUCCUCAGUUCGCAGGAGCUGCGCUUCGAUGUCAAGCGAGAUACCUUUGGCGAUGAGGAGCUAGUGGUCCUGAGCAGCGCUCAGGAAAUGCGGGAGAUGUGCCAGCCCUACAUAAACGAGAUUAAAAACGUGGAGCUUCUUACAUCCAAGUUAAAGCUUUUUAUAGAAGAGAUAAACAUCUAUUUUUAUGAGCUGUAUAUGUGUGUGGUUAAUCUCCUGAUGUACUUUGAUGCGGCUCCAAAGGAAAUGGAGAUCUGGACAAACAUAUUGCACUUCCUGCGUCACAAAAUGAUCAACAGACGUCGCAGUCGUCCAGGCCAAAUGGAGACGGACAUGUGGCUUAAAUCGCAGAAGGAAAAUGGAGUACUACCCAAGAUCGCGCGUUAUCGUUUGCCCUUUAAGGCUAUUAUUGAGCAGCCGCUAAAGGACAUUCUAGAUAGCGAGCUGAAUGUAGACAAUUGCCAAAGCUGGUUCCCAUUAAUCCAGAUGUACACGGCCUUGAAGGGCUCCAAGGACAGUUCGCAGAACUGCGACUACUUCUGCAUGUCGGCGGUUAAGAACUCCAUAGAGUACAAGUCGAAGAGCGAGUCUGAGUCGUGGAGCUUACACCCCACCAACAACGCCUUCCUCAAAUCGAUCCUGCGCUUGGUCGAGAAAGUACGAAAUCCCAACAAGGCCUUCCUGAUUCUGUACUUCGUUGCAAACUAUGCUCGUGACGGUGCCGACCAGGUGGAGGCUCACUACGAGUGCUGGAAAUUCGUCAAAGAGAAGGGCGAGUUGAUCACUGACGCCAAAUGCCAGGAGCAGGUGGCGAAAGUGAAGCGGAGGUACCCCAUUCAGAAAACUCAGCACCUGCUGAACAUCUACGGUCUCACGGAUGAGAAGCUGAUGUGCCUGAUUGAGAACCCCAUUGAGCUAAUUUACAGCUUGUACCAUCACGAGCUCAUUUUGACGUCCAGCAAAGUGGACAUUAAUGCUCUGGUCAAGGAAAUCGCCAAGCUGCACGACCUGUGUUUGGACACCAUCCAGUACAGGCUGCUGCAAAAAUGGCUUUCGGUGACAAUGGAGACGGCAGAUGGUACCAUGCUGGAAGAAACCCUAAUGGAGGAACAGCAUUGGACUGAGCAAGCCAACGGUGGUGACACAAUAAGUAGCCAGGAUGCCAGCGAAAAUGUCAGCAGGGCUUUCUACAUCCUCGACAGUUGGCCGAAGGCCGAGGCGGUCAAGUUCCUUGUGGGCGUAAUCUUCAAAGGAGGCUCUGUGAACACCUCCACCCAGCUGCAGAUGUACGAGUGCUAUUCAAAACUCAACGACGGCAGCAAUUCCUUCACUAACACCAUCAGCCAGCGGCAAUUUAUUGGCAUUAAAUGCGUGCACGACCUCAAGGCCCUCGGGUACAAGUCGAACCUCGAAAAGUUCUCCGACGACCAUUGUGACAAGAUAGAGAUCCUUAAAAUGAUCUGGCAGCGCAAUGCCCAGAAUCCCUUAUCCUUGGAGGUGAUGGCCAACAUUUGUCUGGGCUUCGACAUUCAUUUACCCAAAAUCUGGAAUGGCAUUCUCAAGCGGAUGGUCAUGUUUCACAUGGUGGACGAACUGAACGCCUUGUUGGAUGUUCUCAGUUGUCGGCCUCCUUUGCUGCAUUUGGAUGGAUUGGCCCAAGCCUGGGACUAUGUGCUUUGUCACCCUUUGACGAAUGCUGUUCAGACGCGCUCUUUUGCACAGGAGGAGCAGCUCCACAAGACUCUGCUCCGUCUGCAAGGGUGUCCUGUGGUGCAUGCUCUCAAUCUGGUGCAGUUCGCCGAACAUUGUGUCCUUAUCCAGCGGCCACACAUGGCAGCGGCGUUGCUUAGUUUUUGCCAGAAAGCCGAACAGAGACAGGAAAUUCGAAACAAAAUAUUAUCCCGUCCUGUCGAGAACCUACGCCAGCAGAUCCUAAACCUGGAAGACGCUGGCAUACUUCCAGUAGUUCUGAACUUUGCGCUCAAGGAACUAAAACUUUAAAGAAGAAAAUUUAAUAUUUUGUAAAUA